UUAAGCCGGCGCGGCGCACGGGAGCGAGGCUGCUCGGCGUUGCCAUGGCCGGGCCGCCUUCGGCCCUCGCGCCCCGGCCUCUGCCUUGGCCCGCGCCGGCCACGCUCCCGCCUCCGCUCCUCCCGCUCCUCCCCCUCCUGCUGCUGCUGGCGGCGCCCGGCGGCCCCGGGGGCGCGCACGCUUUGACUUGUUUGUGCUCCAACUGCAACCAAGCAAACUCCACGUGUGAAACCGAUGGUGUCUGCAUGGUCUCCAUCUCCAAUCUGGAUGGGGUUAAGUAUCACAUUCGCGCCUGUAUCCCCAAAGCAGAGUUGGUUCCUGCUGGAAAGCCCUUCCACUGCCUGAGUUCCGAAGAUGUGCGAAACACGCACUGCUGCAUCUCGGAUUUCUGCAACAAGGUGGACUUAAUGGUGCCCAGCGGGCACCUGAAAGAAACUGAACCCCAGUCCAGCUGGGGCCCUGUGGAGCUGGUGGCAGUGAUUGCAGGACCAGUCUUCCUCGUAUUUGUCAUCAUAAUUGUGGUGGUGUUUGUCUUCCACCAUCACCAGCGAGUCUAUCACAAUCGGCAGCGGUUGGACAUGGAAGAUCCCUCUUGCGAAAUGUGUCUGUCCAAGGAUAAGACCCUGCCAGAUCUGGUCUAUGAUCUUUCCACCUCUGGCUCUGGCUCAGGUUUGCCCCUCUUUGUGCAGCGGACUGUAGCUCGAACGAUUGUCCUGCAGGAGAUCAUUGGCAAAGGCCGCUUCGGGGAAGUGUGGCGAGGCAGGUGGCGUGGUGGUGAUGUGGCUGUGAAAAUCUUUUCUUCACGGGAGGAGCGCUCCUGGUUUAGGGAGGCAGAAAUAUACCAGACGGUCAUGUUGCGACAUGAGAACAUUCUGGGAUUUAUUGCUGCAGAUAACAAAGAUAAUGGGACCUGGACACAGCUGUGGCUCGUCUCCGAUUACCACGAGCAUGGCUCCCUGUUCGAUUACCUCAACCGAUACACUGUGACCAUUGAGGGGAUGAUUAAGCUGGCCCUGUCUGCGGCCAGCGGCUUGGCCCAUCUGCACAUGGAGAUCGUGGGGACCCAAGGAAAGCCAGGGAUUGCCCACCGAGACUUGAAAUCCAAAAACAUCCUGGUGAAGAAGAACGGCACCUGUGCCAUUGCUGACCUGGGGCUGGCUGUCCGCCAUGAUUCGGUCACUGAUACUAUUGACAUUGCACCCAACCAGAGGGUUGGAACAAAGCGAUACAUGGCCCCCGAGGUGCUGGAUGAAACCAUCAACAUGAAGCAUUUUGAUUCUUUCAAGUGUGCCGAUAUCUAUGCCCUGGGCUUAGUCUAUUGGGAGAUUGCUCGUAGGUGCAACGCAGGAGGUAUCCAUGAAGAAUAUCAGCUUCCAUACUACGACCUUGUGCCCUCUGACCCGUCCAUUGAGGAGAUGCGGAAAGUUGUAUGCGACCAGAAGCUGCGGCCCAACAUUCCUAACUGGUGGCAGAGCUAUGAGGCUCUGCGAGUGAUGGGCAAGAUGAUGCGGGAGUGUUGGUACGCCAAUGGUGCCGCUCGACUCACUGCCUUGCGCAUCAAGAAAACGCUGUCGCAGCUCAGUGUCCAGGAAGAUGUGAAAAUCUAGCUGAGGGAACUGCACAGCAGCUGCCAUGCUAGAGCAUGCGAUGGAGGCCUACCUCGCGUUUCUACCCAACCGUGCUGCGAUCACCAGACAGCGUGACCUGUGGGCUACUAGGCAGGCAGGGGGGCGAGCCUGUGAAAAACGCUUCCUCCCUAGUUGGGUAUGAAACGAACAGAAACCUUUUGCGAUCACCUCCUGACAGCAUGAAGACGGGAGGGACUCCUCGGAGGGGGUCUCAGCCAUGAGUGUAACUUUUUUUUCUUUUUUCUUUGAUGGAAAUCCCUGUAAAGUCCAGUGUGUGGUCCUCAUAGGAAAGGGGCUGGGGCUGGGUGCUGGGAGCGGGUGGGAAAAGGGGAAGCUUUCUUGCUGUACCCUGGGGUUUGUUUUUCCGGGGGUGGCGUGUGCACUUUUACACCCCCUCCCCCCCACAUGUUCUCCCUCAUAUUUGAAAAACCAUGGUGCUCCCUUCCAAGAGCUGAGCCUGAGCAGUUUUAUCAGCUUUGUGAAACCAUUUCCCUUCUGGUUUUAUUUCUAUACGUUUUGUUUUGUUUUUUUUUAAGCUUGAAAUAUCCUACAGUUCAAAGAGGUCAGGCCGGCCACUGGUAUGUGCAGCAGUGCAUGUGUGCGUGAGGCGCGUGCUGCCCCCCUCCACAGGCGAGCAGGAUGCACUUGCAGGGGCGCGCGUCUCCAUCUGUGCUUUCUGUGCAUGUGCAAUCUCAAGUGUCCCCUUCUGCACUGUGCGUGCUGGUGCCCUCCUCUUGUCCAGCAGCAAGCAUCCUCUAGCUUGAAUAGGCUGCUUUCAACCAGACCCUUUGUCCUCCCACGUGGGGGACAUGUCCUGGCAGUAGCUGCAGGAACUUCCAUCAUGUGUACUUCACUGCCACCCCCUCCCCUCCCUAAAAUGAGGAACUGACUUCAACCUGGAGUUCAGGAUUUUGAGCAAACCCUCUGGGUUUGCAGUGCUUGCAGCUUGGAAGGAUUGCCUGGUGAGGAGGGGUACAGCAGAGCUGAGAGGUGCCUGAAGUCUGAGCUGGUGCUGUGCCUGGCUGGAGGGUCCUGGGCAGGCGGGCAUGCAGGGCAUCCGCCUUUGGGAGUGUAGCCCUUAGAUGUUUUGAAAGGGCUCUGGUAGGAACACUACAAAACCUGCCACUAGGCAUGUACGGCCUGACCCGCAGAAAGCCGAGUGCCCGUGGAAGUGGGUACUGCCCAGUACUCCUCGAGGCACCCGGCCGGAUCUAGUGGCAGGGGAGUCAGGAUUGGAAGUGCGCGUCCAUCUUUUUAAUAUACCUGUGUAAAUAUCUCGUGUUCUGGAAGCAGCUGUGUAUAACUUGGGGUGGGAGCGGGGGCAAGGGGGGUCACUGCAUGAAUCUGAUUGCAACUGAAUAACCAAUCUGGGUGAAGCAGAACUGAUCUGACUGUUGCAGCCAUGUGGGGGCCUAGCAAAUGUGGGAGCCAAGGGAAGCCGAGCGCAGGGAAUGGCAGUAGCUAGGGCCGUUCCGGGAAGCUGGGCUUUUGGCUGGGUCUGUACCUGUGGUGGAGAACUCUGAAGCCAUAACUUUUAACUGGAGUGGGUUUGAUUAGUUUUUUUUUAUUUUCUGGGAGGGUCUGGAUUUUAACUUUUUUUAAUAUUGUUAAUUCUUUGUAAGAGAAGAAAAAAAAAAAACAACAAACAAUCUCUAAUGAUUACCUCUCAACCUGUUCAUUUGUAAUGAAAUCACUGCAAAAAAGAAAAAAAAACCAAAUGCACACUGCUCAACUUACACUGGAACUGUUUCUACUCGAACCUGGGGCCUGCUCUGAAAGGUGAGGCUUCAUCUCUGCUCCAGCUGCCGGGGUGACUUUUUCUAAAACACUCUGUUCUUGCUGUCUGUGUAUCCAUGUCUGUCUGUCCCUGAGCCCUAUCAUGUCUGUGAUGAUGGUAUCUGUGUACAGUGAGGAAUCUCUUGCCUUGUGUUUGGAGCCAUUUUGCAUCCUCCCGUUGUUUGACGAUGACAGGCAGUGCGGAGCUGUUCCCCUGCCUGGGAGGCUGCAGGCCAUUGGUUCGUGGAGCAGUGGAGUACGUGAUUUGUGAAUGUACAGCUUUCCUUCCCCUUCUGAUUUGUUCUGAUGUUUCUCAGCCAGAGGUUACCCUGUCUCUACAGCGACACUGCACUGGCUGAUCCCUUCUACACUUAGAAACCCGGUGGUGGGCGCCUGAGACCAGGCCGACACGAUUCCUCAGCUGCCAGGAGCAGGGCUGGUCGGGCUGGGGAGGGAGUUGUAGCCGUGGCCAGGCCCAUCACGCCAGCAGGUACGGUUUCCCAUGUCCUUCUGUGAGCAUUGUAUCCUCCCUCCAGAGCACAAAGCCUCCUGUUUGCUGUCCAAAGACUCCUUGAUGACCCCACUUCAGCUAUUUUAACUCCUUGCAUUGAUUUGCCCUCCCAUCCCACCAACUGUAGCCACACAUGCACCUGCCUCGAUAUGACACCAAGCAGCAGAUUGUCUAGCUGUAUUGUCCCCGAAGGUGGGGAAAUGGGUGGGAUGCCCUUGUGACGGGGGUCUUCAAGAUGGCUCAGUCCACGGGUUCUGGAGCCGUGCAAAGGGGUCGACCCCAGCCAGACCUCUGCGACUGGUGCCACACCAAUGUAGCAUUUCUGCAGCACUUUUGCGCACGCGCUCUGGGGUGGCCUGCAAGAGUUACUUAGCUGACCAGUAGCAAACCUAGGAGCCACGCUGCCCUGAGCUGAACCACGGGGAGCUCUGCAGCUGCUGUAACAGCAUGCAGCCACCACAGCGUGGGACAGGGAGGAGAGGAGGAAUAAUUUGCUUAAUUAAGGGGAUUUUAGACCUCUGCCAACAGGAGAGAGUCAGAGCCAAGGAGGCAGAGGCUUCUAGUUUGGCGCCAGGUAAGGGAUGGACCUCUGGCUUCAGAACAGAUCUUUCUUGGUACUUACCUGCCCUUUUCUUUGUUUGGGUUUGUACAUUUGAUUAGAAAAGGACUGUAAAAUAGCCACUUAGACACUUUACCUCUUCAGUAUGCAAAUGUAAAUACUAUGUAAUAUAGGAAAUCUUUUGUUUUAAUAUAAGAAUGAGGCUGUCCAAUUUCUGCUGUACAUUAUUAAAAGUUGGUUUUAUUCACGUGA